UAUCUUAUAAAUUUGUCUUUAUAUUUCUUUCCUACUAGGUAUAAAGCUACCUAGUUUGAGCUGUGUUUUUCAAUAAAAUUGGAGUCAUGUGUUUGUCUGUUUCUUUCAUCACAUGAAACUAUAGAAUAUAAAGUCUUUUAACAUUGGGUCUUCCUCUUUCUCAAGAUUAAAUUCCAUACUAUAUUUAUUCAUCACAUUCUUUUUUCCAAGUAGAUAACAUCACACAGCAAGAUUUCAAGUCGAGGAUUCAUAUAGCCGACCCCGACUUGCCUGAUAUCGAAGGGUUAGUUGUAGUGUUUUUUUGUAAUCGAUCAAUGAAAAAAUGGAUAUGAAUAUGAGUGAGCGUGGUUCAGAAAGAUCAAACACAUGGAACAACAUUCACACAAGUUCAGAACCUAGUCCUUCCCAAACACAAGUAAACAGAGAAGGACAAUGGAAGAACUAUGGGACAUCAAUGGAUGCUAUUUCUUUUGGCUUUGUUGCUACAGCUAUCCUCAUAUCCAUGUUUCUCAUCAUGGCUUUAUUCGAACAUCUCUUCAAGCCUAGCACCCCCUUUUCUUCGCCUCGAGGUAGUAGACACAGUUCCAUGGAGUUGGGGACGAUUCAGAAACGCGCAAGUUCAAUAGCAGGACCAACGCGAUAUUCAUCGGAAUAUACAGUUUUGAUGCCAGGACAACAGUAUCCUACCUUCAUUGCCAAGCCAACUCCACUGUCUUGUCCAAGGGAAGGGGUUUAUUGGCCUUCCCAUGAACAUGGUUUUCCCUUCUCUUAAUGAUCCUAAAAGACUAAUUUAUUGUUGUUAUCUAUCUAUGAAUCCUAUAGGAAGAUUUAUGUAACCAUCAUAAAGUACCACCAAUUGCAUAAUCUAGCACUCUCUUACCCUGCUAGCUCUGACCUGUGAAAUUAGCCGUCGGACGAAAAACUGAAGUUUUGCAUGUUGGGAGGAAGGAAAAUGUGGGGUGACAUUCAUUGUUUGUGUAAACAUAUUUGGUUUCUGGUUUGUCUAUUGACCCAGUUCCCCCUUUUUCUGUUUAUGUGAGAGAUGUAGGGAAGAUCUGGCAAGUUCACUAGGCUAAGUUAUUAGUUUGUUCUUUUGAAGUAAAAGCUUAUUUUACCAUGUAUUGAUCUUAUGCACUGCUUUCUACUUCCAGCAGUCUUAUGUCACUUGAUGUUAACUCCAAGAAUACGGCUCACGUUUUGUGCA